CCGCCGGCUCCGGGGCCCAUGGCGUCCACCUCCCGUGCCACCGCAAAACCCUUGCAGGUCCUGGUCCUCGACCCGCCCAAGGUCCUCAGGUUCAAAGGUCCCUUCACCACCGUCGUCACCACGCAUCUUAAACUGCACAACCCGUCAGCGAGGAAAGUGUGCUUCAAGAUGAAGAGCACCAACCCUCGCUGCUACUGCGUGCGUCCCAACAGCGGCGUCGUCGAGCCGGGCUCCACAGUGACUGUCGCCACCAUGCUGCAGCCCUUCCGCUAUGACCCCAGCCGGGAGGUUAAGCACAAGUUCAUGGUGCAGACAAUGUUUGCUCCCCCGGACCCUUCGGAUAUGGAGAACUUGUGGAAGAAGGCGAAACCCAGUGAAAUCAUGGGUUCGAAACUGAGGUGUGUGUUUGAAAUGCCAAAAGAGAUUGGAAAAGGGGACGAAAGCUUGAGACUCAGAAAGCCAGCGCACCUCGACGAUCCCAGGCUCGCCUCCUCCACGUCCUUGAAGAAGAGUCGCACCACGCCUAUUCCUGUUCUUCUGCUUGUGAUUGGAGCAGUUUUCAUUGGCUUCUUUCUGGGGAAAUUUAUCAUGUAGAGUGAGGCACAACGCUGUCCCCCCCCACCCCAAUUUAGAUCAGAAACAACAACAACAACAUCAACAACGCAUCUUUUUACCCACCAUCACAUGGGAAGUAUGAUUCGUGGUGACCAACUUUGUGUGUGUGUGUGUAUAGUGUCACAAAGGCUUCACCUCUAAUGAUCUCUUAUGGUUGGAGGAUGCAAUAAAAAAAACACAACAAACAAACAAAAAAAAAACUGUUGGGCUGCUGGACACUAUGUAUAUUAUCAGAUCAUCGCAAGUCAGUCACCCAUUCCGUGCGCAGUGAAAUGCACCAACAAUUGUUCUUUUGCUUUUAAUAAGAGUUCAAGAAUGGUUCA